AUGAUAACGAUCAAAGCUUUAUUAGUAUUGGCUUGCAUAAUCUCAUUCGCUCAAGCGUCUUCUCCGGCCUUUCCAUCCUGCGUAGGUCAUCGCGGCUUACCCAAACAAAAUCCCGAAAACACCAUACGCUCGCUGCAACAUGCAAUCCUGGUCGGAGCCGAUGGACUAGAAUCCGAUGUGCGGAUAACCCAUGAUGGAGAAGUGAUAAUGAUGCACGAUACGACAUUGGAUAGAACCACUAACGGGACGGGAUUGGUGACAGAGAGAAAUUGGAGUGGCUAUGUAGAGUAUUUGAAAACUGGUGGAGAAAGUGUACCAAAACUUACCGAGGUGUUGGAAUUGCUGAUGCGUGAGGAGAACCGUGAUAUAUGGAUAAUUCUUGAUGUCAAGGAUGACAACCCAAUUGAAAUCUUGGAUGCCCUCGCGUCUGUCUUCAAUUUAUACCCAAACUAUGACUUUACCGCCCAAUUCCACAUUGGCAUAUGGAACGAAGAAUUUUUCAUGCGUACCCGAAAAGUCCUUCCUGGUUUUCCAACCUCUUUCAUCGGUUCGGACAUAUCACUUGCCCGAGUGCUGUUCGAUAAGGUGGAAUCGUUUAACAUGGAAUUCAUAUUCGUAUUUUCCGAUCAAACAGGAUUCUUUGAUGAAGUGAAGUCUCAUGGAAGGAGCGUGUUUGUAUGGACCGUGAACAAAGAAAAGGACAUGCAUGAGGCUAUAAAGUUUGGCGUUGAUGCAAUUCUGAGCGACUAUGUGGAUAGAUGCUUGAGAGUUAGGAGGAGGAAGGGAGGAAAAGGGCUGGCUUUGGAAGAAUGGGACGAAAACAAUGUUGGUGUCGAAUGGGAUUAG